CCAAUUUUUAUAUAGAAAACUCCUUCACUUAAACGCUUCUUCUUCACUCUUCAGCAAGUUAAGUGCAGUAGCCGAACAACAGAGAGCUUAGUUUCUGGAUUUUUGAAAUCCAUUUUCCCGCGUUUUCUAGACUACCAAACAGGGAUGGAGUCUUUAUAUGCAAAACUUUAUGAUAAAUAUGACAAACUCAAGAAGAGAAAACUGUCCGAAAUGGAUGACAUACAUAGAGAUCAAGAAGAGAAAUUCUUAAAUUAUGUGCGUGCUGCAGAGGAGUUGAUACAACACUUGAAGAGUGAAAAUGACAAGUUAAAUGCUGAAGUUAAUGAGUUGAGAAGCGAAGUGGCCUCUAUAAUGUCUAGCAAGGACAAGCAAUGUGUAGAAUACCAAAAGCUUUUGAUUGAAGAGAGCCAGAAGUAUAAAGCACUUUCUGAUGAAGUUACUAGGCUGCAAAAUCGGCAUGAAGAGGGACGUGUUAAGGGUGGCAGAAGAGAUAUUAUACCAACGGUCUCCCCUGGAAGUGCACAAGUUGCACCACAAAGUGUUUCUGGUAACUCCACUCGAAUGAUGACAAGAAAGCGUAGAAGGAAUUCUGCUGCUGAAACAGAAGACAGCAUUGUUUCUCCUGGUUCAGCUAACCGUAAAGUUGCCACAUUGAGUGCAUUUACUGAAGAGCUUCCUGAGAAAGCUUUGUCUAGUGAGGUUCUUGCACAUGCUCAGCUGCCAGAAUGCUGUAAGGGCCAUAUAAGUGCAAAUGCCACUGAUUGCGGUACUUGUCUGUUUCAAGCUCUUAUUGAGUGCUUAGUGGGCAUGAAAAUCUCCACUGUUAAUCAAACUGAAGGGCUAUGCAUUUUAGCUCUGCAUCAAUCAAGUGGUUACUCAUUCAGCCUAACGUGGAUAAACAAAACAAGCGGAGAGGAAGCCGAGUUGGUGUACCGGGUAUUGUCAUUAGGGACAUUUGAGAGAGUGGCACCAGAGUGGAUGAGGGACGUCAUCAUGUUCAGCACAAAUAUGUGCCCCAUUUUCUUUGAGAGGUUAGCUCGUGUAAUCAAAUUGCAUUGCUAACCAGUAAGCUCUCUCUCUGGUCUUGGAAUUAGAUGUGAAAAAGAUAUGUAUAACACUUGUGAUAACAAAUAGUUGUCAAAUCAUAACUGACUAAAUCUAUUGCCGAGUUUCUGCAUAUUGGUUACUAAAUUGAUUA